AUGUCUGACACAACGACCACCUCAACAUCGACCACCGAGUCCCCCGCCUCUGGACUCCCAGCUCCAUCCACCUCCCGACUCUUUGUCGGCAACUUGCCAUACAACUACACCGACGACGACCUGCUCAAGCUCUUUGCCGGCCAAGGCAAGGUUACCACCGCAAGAAUCAUUCAAAAGAGAGGCGUUUCAAUUGGUUAUGGCUUUGUCGACAUGGAGGAUGAGCCCGCAGCACAAGCAGCGAUCGCAGCUUUGAACAAAACCGAUAUCAGCGGAAGAGCUAUCAACGUUGAGUUGACAAAGGAGAGAGCCCCCGUCGAUGAGACCAAGCCCGCCAAGCGCGGAUCCGCUCGUCGUCGCUCUGGCAAGCCCAAGACCAACGGCACCUCUGAUGCCAAGGCUUCGCCCUCGACCACCUCCCCAAGCCACGCCGGCGAGGACAACACCACUGGUGACAAGCCAAGAAGAAGAGCCGCCAACGGAGAGAGAAACAAGGCCGCCCCCAAGCCAGCCGCCCCACGCGCCCCAGAGUCGACCGAGCCAAAGCAACCCUCUGCCGACACCCUCUUUGUCAACAACCUCCCAUACAGCUAUGACAACGCUCGCUUCUUGGAGUUGUUCAAGGACUACUCGCCAAAGGACGCCCACAUCAUCAUCAGCAAGCGAUUCAACAGGAGCAAGGGAUUCGGAUUCGUCGAGUUCAACAACUCUGCUGACCAGCAGAAGGCUCUCGCCCUUGACAACACUGAGCUCGAGGGAAGAGUCAUCUCUGUCAAGGUCGCCCAUGCUCGCGACUUGUCCGCUGAGGCCGAGACCCCAUCUGCCAACUAA